GCUUCGCCAUUCGGCAUCGUGAACCCCGACUGGGAUGGGCUCAACAAGUCAGUAGGCGGCCGCCUGUACACGGGAGCCCCCGUCGGCUUGCCCUGUCACGACAACUUCAACAGCCAGCCGCACGACCCCGACCCGGCAGCGUGCAGCGUGGUCGAGCAGCACCGCAGAGACAUGGACUGGCUGAUCACCCAGAUGAGCGGCUACGCGCAGGGCAACUGGGGCGUCUGCCAGCGCCCGAACUCGGGCUGCGCAACGUCGCCGACGGGCCCGCCCAUCAACGCCAGCACGCCGUGCAACCAGGGCAACAUCCCCAGCUACUACGUCGACGUACGCCAAGUGUCUGACAUAGCCGCCGUCUUUGCGUUCGCGGCCGAAAACAAGAAGCCGGUCGUCGUCAAGAACAGCGGCCACGACUACAAGGGCCGCAGCGCCGGGCUGGGCUCGCUGGCUCUUUGGAUGCACAACUACCGGCAGCCCCUGACGCUAGACGCUAACUUUGUCCCUGACGGCUGCGUCGAGGGGGUUGGCCCGGGCAUCACCUUUGGGGCUGGUGAGGGCUGGGACGGCGUGUUUGCGUUUGCUAAGACGCACAACUUGACGGUAGCGGGUGGCUCGUCCGAGUGGGUGGCGCCCGGGGGAGGGUGGAUCGCUGGGGGCGGGCAUAGCGGGCUGUCACCACGGUAUGGACUCGGAGCCGACAAUGCGCUGCAGCUGCGCGUUGUGCUGCCCAACGGCACGUACGCGACCGCCAGCCACUGCCAGAACCGCGACCUCUUCUUUGCGCUGCGCGGCGGCGGCGGCGGCACCUUUGGCGUUGUCACGGAGAUGACGACGGCCGCGCACCCCGGCACGCCUGUCCAGUGGGCGAGCAUCGUCUUUUCGUCCCUGACCGGCCCGCAGCAGCGCGCCCUCACGGCCGUCCUCGUGGCCAACGCCAACGCCUGGGCCGCCGCCGGCUGGGGAGGCUACGCAUACCCAGCGGGCGCCAGACCGGGAGGCUUGUAUCCAGUGCAGCUCAUGAACCCGCAUGACCUCAAUCCGAGCGAGGUCAAGGCGGCGCUGGCCCCGCUGCUCGACUUUGCCGCGUCGGUCAAUGCCACGCCGGUGCUAACCUCGUAUCCAAACUUCUACGACCUGUAUUUGGACAAGAUCAAGGGCAGCCUGUCCAUGUACGGCAACUUCGGGCUGGCGCAGGCCUCACGGCUGGUGCCGUCGACGCUGUUUGCGGGCGCCGAGAACCAGACGCUCCUGACUGACACGCUGAUUGCCGCCAUGGCCAGCAGCCCCGUGCCAACGGACCCCAAGCUGAGCAUGAUGGUGCUCAUGGUGGCGCCGCCGCCGGCCAGCCAGCUCCCCGACAGCGACAGCGCCGUUGCGCCCGCCUGGCGCCGCUGCACGUGGCACGUCAUCUUCUCCACGGCGUGGGACCCGGCUGACAGCAGCCUCACGCCGGCGGCCGUCGCCACCAAGUACCGCGCCGUGACCACCGCAAUGGACCCAUUGCGUGCCAUCACCCCAGGCGGCGGCGCGUAUCUGAACGAGGGCGACACGUACGAGCCGGACCCUGUGGCUGCCUUUUGGGGCCGAGAGAACUACGCCCGUCUGUCGCGCGUCAAGGGCGAGGUGGACCCCAAGGGGAUGUUGCAGGUGUUUGGCGGCGUCGGGUCCAAUGCCGACGAUCAGAGGUUUGCGUGCUAUCCCAGCCUC